AUGACUCUGCGUAGUCUCGUCAACUCUGCGAUGCACCAGCACAGUUGCCCAUUUGUCAGCCGAAUUCGAUCAAUUCCAACCUCUCGCGUGUCUCAUGAUGGCACAGCGCGUCAGUUUGCAGCUGCUCAGCCUUACUUGAAUGAGGCAGUGCUCAUUUUCCCACGCUUUUGUAGACCACCGAGCCGAAGCUGGCGGCGAUUUGAAGACACUCUGACACUGGGUGCUGCAUUUGGCCGACCUGAUCUGCGUGCGUCUUCGAUCGAGGCAACUCAUAACCGGUUGUUGAGCCGACCAAUAGUAUCAUUAUUCACUCACGUCGGUAAACGACGCUUUCGUUUUGACGUAUCGAGACUUUCGGUACUGCCAGAAAAGGAAACAGCGUCAGCCGAGGUUGCUGUUGGUGACUUUAAUGACUGA